AUACGACAACAAUUUACUAAAACGAUCAUGGAAUUACUAGUGGAACCUACGUCUAUUACUAUAAGGACAAAAAUUUGUCGCUAUUCAGAUUUUUGUUGAGAAAGGGAAAAUUUACAACUCAAGGCACAAAUCCAUCUAGUCCCGACUCUCACAUCACACGCUACGGCGCCCCUCAUCUCUGCUCCCGCAUCUAACCGCCACCACAACUCUUAUCAAAACCUCUCUCUCUUCCUCUCCCGCCACGUGACUUCGUCGGCUGUUAAUCAUACCAAUCGCCGGUCACUCUCUCCGCCUCUUUUCAAUCACGCCGGCGCAAUAAUUACAACUACUGCGGAGUACGGACACGCCUACACUUUUCCAACUCCACCUGCUGCUUUUGCUUCUCUGCACCUCUCCCCAUCGCCGCUUCUCGUCCUAUACAGGCCAGCGAUAUAACCAGGAAAGACGACAAAAUUAGAAGGUAAGGUGACGGCAAUGGAAACUACUCUGCUGCUGUGGCCGGCGUUUCUCUAGCGUUUUGCUUGUUAUGGUGACUUGAGCUUCAGUAGGAAGAGGAGAAGGCAAAUCGCUUUGCUGUUGAGUUCGUGUUUAGGGCGCUUAAAAUGGCGGUGGAGUACACUUGCUGUAGCUCCGAAUUCUUCAUUCACAUUCUGAUAAUCGUGAUGCUGGUGCUGUUCGCCGGCAUGAUGUCCGGGCUCACUCUCGGCCUCAUGUCUCUGAGUCUCGUCGAUCUCGAAGUCCUGGCUAAAUCCGGCACGCCUCAGGACCGUAAAUACGCCGCAAAGAUACUGCCAGUUGUAAAAAAUCAGCAUUGGUUACUCUGCACGCUGCUGAUUUGCAAUGCUGCUGCCAUGGAGGCACUCCCUAUUUUCCUCGACAGCUUGAUUACAGCAUGGGGUGCGAUCCUCAUUUCUGUUACACUGAUUCUGCUGUUUGGUGAGAUUAUACCGCAAGCUGUAUGCACCAGAUAUGGUCUGGCAAUAGGCGCAACAGUGGCCCCCUUUGUCCGCGUGCUGGUGUGGAUAUGCUCUCCCAUUGCCUACCCGAUAAGCAAGCUUCUGGAUUAUCUACUGGGUCAUGGGCAUGUCGCUCUUUUCCGCAGAGCUGAGUUGAAAACACUUGUGAAUUUCCAUGGUAACGAGGCGGGAAAAGGUGGAGAGCUGACUCAUGAUGAGACAACAAUUAUUGCUGGAGCGCUUGAGCUCUCAGAAAAAACUGCUGGUGAUGCAAUGACACCUCUCGCUGAAACUUUUGCCAUUGAUAUCAAUGGCAAGCUUGACCGUGAUCUGAUGAAUAUGAUACUGGAGAACGGGCACAGCAGAGUGCCUGUUUAUUAUGAGCAACCAAACAACAUUAUUGGCCUUGUUCUGGUAAACCAAUUAUUCGUUCUAUAUGUUUGGAUCAGGACUUAGUUUUGUUCUUUUGGUUGCUAUUUUCUAUGUGUAUUGGUUAUGGUUAAGGACCGGAAGUAAAAUAAUUCUCAAGGUGCUACCUAAAUCUUAGCAUUUCUGGCUUCACCUUUGAAUCAAGUAUGUUCUUGUGAUUUUACAAGUACAUAUGGUCUCUGCCUUCGUCGCUGCAGUUGAAAUAAUGUAAUGGGUUCUGUAUUGUUGAUUGCUGAAGUACCAAACAGAUUCUCUAGUUCUAUUUUGUUCUUCCAUAUGUCGAUCCAUUUUUCCAUGUUAUCUAUACCGGAUCGAUCAUGUUUUUGGUGUCUUUGACAAAUAUGCAUGCAUGAUAUGGUGACUCUUUGUUUCUUUCGAGGAGUGAUUUGUUCUAGCAGACAUUAUGGUAUCUAUGCUUGUUUAACUGCCUUUCCCCAUUCUCUUAGGUCAAGAAUUUGUUAACAAUCCACCCUGAAGAUGCUACACCUGUAAAGAAUGUGACCGUACGGAGAAUCCCCAGGGUUCAAGAAAACUUACCCUUGUAUGACAUACUGAAUGAGUUUCAGAAAGGCCACAGUCACAUGGCUGUUGUCGUGAGGAAGUGCAACAUAACCGAACAGCUGCCCACUGAUGGUUCAGCUAAUAUUCCAGUUAAAGAAGUGAGAGUAGAUGUGGACGGGGAGAAGCCACAGGAGAGGUCAUUAAGGAGCCACAAGUCUUUCAAGAAGUGGAAAAGCUUCCCCAACAGGAAUGACUCAUUUAGGGCGUCAAGGAGCAGAAAGUGGAACAAAGAAGUCGACUCCGACAUCCUGGAAAUAGAUGGCAAGCCACUCCCGACGCUUCCUGAAGAAGAAGAGGCUGUUGGCAUCAUAACCAUGGAAGAUGUCAUUGAAGAAUUGUUGCAGGAGGAGAUUUACGAUGAAACAGACCAUCAUCACGAGUAGCAUUGGUUCAAAUUCAUAAUCGAAGCGGUUUACAUUUAUGUAUAUGAUCAGGAGAAAUGUAUUCGUUGAGACUGUUAGGAGGGUUUGAUCCUCAAAGCUUUUGGCCAGAAUAUGUUUCUGCGAAAUGUCAAGUGUAAUCAUGUUUUAGUGUUUUGUCCGUAAUCCCUAGAUGGAGAAUAUGUUAUGUAAUAGAUCGGAUUGAGCUGAGACGGAUGGGGAAGUUCAUGUAUUGCCCUGAAAACGAAGGGCAUAUAUAGUUGUGCUAUUAGGAUGGAUAUAUACGGGCUUCCUUUGGAUGGGUAUUUCAAUGAGAGAUUUCAUCACAAUUUCUCA